ACUAGAUUGCCAUAUGAGUUCUGAAAAGUGUUUGGCUCAUGAAGAUAACUGCUCUAAAAAUAGAUUUUUGGAGGAGAGUUUUCACUUAGGUCCAGUUUCGGGUUCCAGCUGAGCUAGCUUUAAGCAACUUGUUUGCUCCUGUUGCAAGACUACAGUGAGGAUAAACCACUUCUUAUUCUAUCUUCAGCAUUACUUUUUGGAGAUACCGACACGCUCAUUUUGUCUGGAAAUUGAACUCUAAUGUUAUGGCUGACGACACAGAGACUAAGCAUGGAGGAAGCAAGAAUGGAAAGAAAGAAGGCCUCUCUGGAAGCUCAUUUUUCACCUGGUUUAUGGUAAUUGCUUUGCUGGGAGUUUGGACAUCAGUAGCAGUUGUCUGGUUUGAACUUGUAGAUUAUGAAGAAGUCCUAGCCAAAGCAAAGGAUUUCCGUUAUAACUUGUCAGAGGUACUACAAGGCAAGCUUGGGAUAUACGAUGCUGAUGGAGAUGGAGAUUUUGAUGUGGAAGAUGCUAAAGUAUUGCUAGGCCUAAAAGAAAGAUCUGUCCCAGAACAGUCAACAUCACCAGAAUCCGAGGAGACCAUUCAGCCUGAUGAACAGUCAUUUGCCAAAUCAGAGCACAAGAAUGCUGAUGUAGAAUUGGAAGAGGAUAUUCAGCCUGUUCUUCAUGAAGCUGUCCAUUCUGAGCCUGGAGAGAGACAUGAAGAUGUAGAUGAAAGCGUAAAUGAACAGUGGCAAGAGAAGGAAGAAACAUAUGGAGAAACUUUUGAAGCUCCUGCAACAGAUGAAUUGCUCGGAGAAUUAGAGAAUGAAGUGACAGAGGACUAUGAGACACCAGACUCAUUUCAGAAAGAUGCUGAUCCUGUAGCAGAUGAUCUUGGAGCAACACAGCCUGAAACAUUUGAAGUUCCAGUUUCAUAUGAUUAUGAUAUGGAUGUAGAGAAGACAGUAAGUGAUCCAGAAGCUCCAGGUGACGCUGAACUGAUGUUAGAAGAUGCUGUUGAACAUUACACAGAGGAUAGAGUUCAUGGGGAUUAUAAUGAAGAACAUGAACCAAAACAUGAAGAGGAGACUGAGACUCAAGGUACAGCUGUCGAGGACCUUCCUGAGGAAGUAUAUGAAGCCACAGAGCAAGAUGAGAUUAUUGAAGAUCUGGAAAUUGAUAAAAAGAUGUCAGUAGAAAAUAAACAUACAGAAGAUAACCUGGCCACUGAACCAGAGGAAUCAGAAAUCCCUGUUCAAACUGAGGAUUAUUCAAAUGAUAAUCCAGUGGGAAAAGGUGGAAAAGAGACUGAACAAGACAAAACAGAAAAAGCUAAAAAGAAAAAGAAGCCAAAACUCUUGAACAAGUUUGAUAAGACCAUUAAAGCUGAACUAGAUGCUGCAGAAAAAUUACGUAAGAAAGGGAAAAUUGAAGAAGCUCUAAGGGCCUUUGAAGCACUGGUGAAUCAAUAUCCAGAAAGCCCUCGAGCAAGAUAUGGAAAAGCACAGUCUGAAGAUGACUUAGCUGAGAAAAUGAGAAGUAAUGAGAUGCUGCAAAAAGCCAUCAACACCUAUGAUGAGGUGGUUAGUCUGCCAAAUGUCCCUUCAGAUCUGAUAAAACUGAGCUUGAAACGAGAAGCUGACAGGCAGCAAUUUCUUGGUCGCAUGAGAAGUUCCCUGGUUACUCUACAGAAAUUAGUUCAUCUGUUUCCCAGUGAUACAUCAUUCAAGAAUGACCUUGGUGUUGGUUACCUCCUGAUAGGAGACAACAGCAAUGCCAAGAAAGUGUAUGAAGAGGUUCUACGACUGGCUCCAAAUGAUGGCUUUGCCAAAGUACAUUAUGGCUUCAUCCUGAAGGCAGAAAACAAGAUAGCAGAGAGUAUACCCUAUCUAAAGGAAGGACUGGAGUCUGGUGACCCUGGCACAGAUGAUGGACGCUUUUACUUUCAUCUGGGAGAUGCCUUGCAGAGAAUAGGAGACAAAGAGGCAUACAAGUGGUAUGAACUUGGGUAUCAAAGAGGUCAUUUUGCAUCGGUCUGGCAGCGCUCCCUCUACAACGUCAAGGGACUGAAAGCUCAGCCUUGGUGGACAGCGAGGGAAACUGGUUAUACUGAACUGGUGAAGUCCUUAGAAAAAAAUUGGAAACUUAUUCGGGAUGAGGGGCUGGCUGUGAUGGAUAAGAAAAAAAGCCUCUUCUUGCCUGAGGAUGAGAAUCUGCGAGAAAAGGGAGACUGGAGUCAGUUUACUUUAUGGCAACAAGGAAGAAAAAACGAGAAUGCUUGCAAAGGUGUUCCGAAAACUUGUGCUUUAUUGGAAAGAUUCCCAGAAGCUACAGGCUGCCGAAGAGGGCAGAUCAAGUAUUCUGUAAUGCAUCCAGGGACUCAUGUAUGGCCCCACACAGGGCCCACCAAUUGUCGGCUAAGGAUGCAUUUGGGCUUGGUGAUACCUAAAGAAGGCUGCAGAAUUCGGUGUGCCCAGGAAAACAGAACCUGGGAGGAAGGGAAAGUUCUUAUUUUUGAUGACUCUUUCGAGCAUGAAGUAUGGCAGGAUGCUGAAAAUUAUCGCCUGAUAUUUAUUGUUGACGUGUGGCACCCUGAGUUAUCAGCACAACAGAGACGCACCCUUCCUGCUAUUUAACGGGUUACUUCUGAUGUGAAGAGCAGAGGAGAGAGGACCCUUCAGAGUAUGCAAAUAGAAGCAUGCAGGAUUAAUUUAUCCUGCAUAUGAGGAAUACUAGUAUUAUAAGGGUUAGAAGAGAUAACAAUGGCAUUUUACAAUUACAGAGGACUUGAGUUUAAAAAAAAAAAACAACAAAGGGCAAGCCAUUUUGUUUGUUUGUUCUUUUUUUUUUUUUUCCACACUGAUACAGCACUGAUAUGUAUUGUUUUUCUGGCUGCAAGUCUGAAAAUACAAAUCUUGUCAGCCAAAGAGCAAUAGGUCUGGUUUUUCAAGCUGAGGAAUGUGCAGAUGUUUUUGCCAUGCCGUACUAUGCAUACAAAACCAAUCAGUUACCUGCCUGGCCAUGUUCAGGCAGAAGAUUUGCUAUACUACAUCCAAGAAAUGCUUCCCAGGUUUCUAUCUGGGUAGCAGCAUGUGAGUUAUUUAUAGAUGUAUGCAUACAAUCAACUUUGAAAAUCAUGUGCAGUUGCAAUGUUAACUGCUUUAGGUAUAAGACAUGUCCCUAUGUUAUCAACUGUAGAUAAUGUGAUCGGGUUAUGUGUGUUUUGUAUUUUUUCUACCUAUUUUUCUAAUAUAAUUAUGAACAGAUUUUUAUUCAACCACUAUUUUUAAAAAUAAUGUAUAUACAAAGUACAUCUCUAGCUAUAAGCAGAAGGAAAACACUGUAUAUGAACAAAUUUCAUUUUUGCCAACUGUGGCCUUUGCAUUUCCAGGGAGGCAAGAGAAUGGAAACUUGCAUAAUCAGCUUCUUAGUGUUGUUCUUCUAAAACGAAAUAGUUCUCUUAGCAGGUAACCUUCAAUUUUGUAAUGUGAUUCUGGAAGAUGUUGAGCAAAUGUGACAUCUGUAGACCUGGAUCUUUAAGUGCUCAACAGUUCUUAAGGUUAUGCGGUGAGCUGCUGUUCUUCCUAUUGUUAUAAAAGCUUGUGUUGUGAUAACUAUUUUCUACCCAGCACGAGUCUGAGGCACCUCCUUCCACAGGCUCCUUUUAGGUUGGAUGGUCAUUCAGCAGAAAAAUAUCUAUGAAGAAUUCCUUGAGAUUGGAGCAGAUGGACAAGGUCUUUCAAGGUUUUCUGACAGAAUGCAAAGCAAAGAGCUUCAGGUUAUUAACUUGUAUUAACUUCUGCUGCCAGCAUCCUACGGAGUGCUAGAAUGAUCCUUUAAUUGAGCUUAUGGUAUUCUCUUUGUCUUGAAAUGCAUGAUGUAAUACUGAAGCAGUCUUAUCACAGUACCAUUUACAGUAUACUCUGUAUUUGCUAUACAGAAUUUACUAUAUGGUAAAAAGGCCUUAUUUUCAAGAGAUAAAUCUUCAUGGAUGUUUAAAGCAGUCUGCUGAUUUUUGCACCUCGGCUAUUUUGUGGGAGAUUCAGGGUGUAGGACCCUCCACUGUUAACUUCUGAGAACACUAACAGGGAAGACAGACCAGAGGUUGCACUGAUGUUAUUUAUGACUGGCUGUUAUCAACUGACCUGCAAAACCAGUGUUUGGGUGUGGAUAGGUGUGCUAGGAUGUUCAGCUCUCAUCAAGCUUGUCAAGAGCAGUGGCAUCUCUAGCAAGGGUUGUGAGAGACAGGUACUAUGCAAGGAGACAUUAACGUUACUUAGUCUUCACAGCUUUGGCUUCAUUGUCCAAAGGAUACUGAACAGUUGUCUUAUUUCUUUAAUGUUCAGCGGUUUUGUACUGCAGAGACAAUGUCAUGGUACCUAAGUAUUAUAGGCACUACAGCACAUACUGCAUGAUCAGAAUGCAACAUUUACUAAGCAAAAUACAGGUUUGCAUUUCCAUCAAUUGAAUGCUUUUCAGACUUGUAUUUUAUUAAGUAAUUAAAUCUUGUAAUGCCACAUAACACAUGGUGAUUGCACCAUAAUUUGUUGUAACCAGUUUCUGGAGGUGUGCACUUUAAUUUCCUUUUGACUAUUAAAAAUAAAUAAAACAUACUGAUACUCUCUCUGAUCAAGAGUGAGUUUUAGGCAGCAAUGUUAAUUAGGCUUUAAUGUGUUGUCCAAAUCAACAAUAACACAGUUCCAUCUACAAGAAGGUAACAGUUCUCAAUUAGUCAUCAUGAAAGCUGAAAAGAUUUGUUUCACACUUUAAAACAUACAGAAAUACUUUUGGAGAGCUUUAGGAGAAUCAUGUACAAAACUUGAAAUAAUGUACCCAUUAUAUCAAGGGCCCAUAGUAAAAUAAAAUUAAAAAAUUAAGUCAGAGGCUUUUUUUGUAUCUGUACAGUGAUCAAGCAGUACAAAUUAUAAAAUAUUUUGUAAUUCUGUAAAAUAAAGAAAUAGUUUGUAAAGAAGGAAUCAAGAACUGUUUAAACUAAAACUAGUGGCUUAGGAGUAUUUUAAUUAAUAUUGCAUUUUAGUUUCUAUAGCUUGGAAUAAACACUAAAGCAAUGGUAAAAAGUUUAGAGCUUUAUUUAUAAAAAUUCACUCUGUCCUUCAGAUUGUUUCAUCAUUCCUUUGAAGUCUCUUACUUAUAUUUUCAGAUUGUAAUCAACAAAUAGAUCAAAGUAAUUUACCCAAAAUUUGUGUGUGCCAAAGUAGCACUCUUCAUUAAAUUUAGUAGUGACAUAUUGGCCAUUUGCAAUCUUAAGUGCCUUGAAUGUGACAAGGUGUAUUGUGAAUAGCUGCUGCAACACUAAAGUGAUUCAACUCUCUGCCUACCUGUCAAGGAGCUGAGAGCAUCUCCUUUUGUUAGAUACAUUUAUUGAAUUAAGUACAUAAAUGGUGAGGAUAUAUAUAGCAAAACAUGGAAAUUAGGCAGCAAAUAAGUGGUAUAUUAUUUUAUGUAUUCCUCUUUGCCAUACAGUAUUUCAUGUUGAAAAAACUUUUACAAAUUGAAAAUGCCAAUGUAUGAAGUGAAUGGAAAUGCUUUUUAAAUGGAGAGCCAUUGCAGAUUAAACAUUUUGUUCUUUAGAUGUAUUUACAGAGGGAAAUGCCAGAGCAGGGCAGUAUAGCCUCCUAUUUGUAAGGUAGUAUGUACUUGUCACGAUGUUAAGAGGUGGAUUCCUUCCCGCCUGUAGCUACCUUGCUUGCAAGCACGGAGUCUGUAUAAGAUCCUACAGUUACAUAUGAUGCCCUAUAUAUCUGUAUUUAUUUAUUCAUGUCACAGUCAAAAAGUAAAUAAUUCUGACCUUCAAUAAUUAAUCUUCAAGGGCUAGAUUUCAGUGAUAUUUGCAGUUCUUGGGCAAAACAUCUCCCACUUGAAAGAACAGUAAUGGGUCAUCACAAAGAUUCAAUAACAGCGCGGUUAGUGUCCUAACAGAAAAAAAUGCAAACCAAAGUGUAGUUCUUCAUUAAUGCUGCAGUAUAGUAGUCAAUGUCUGUCUCGUUUAUUUUUGUUUGUUUUACUUUACGCUUUAAGCAAGUUCUCUGUGACAAAUCCCAAUGUCUGUGCAUCUUCAUGAGCCUAGGGAAGGGAGGAGAGCAGUUUUCUGUACUAGGUUAUAAUGCCAGGGGCGGGGGAAUGGAAGAAAUUCCAAAGAUAAAUGGGCUCAAUCGUCUUAUUUAAUGUUCCUGCAAGCCUCAGAGUGUCUGCUUCUUUUUCUGAUUCCUGUGUUGCCUUGCUGGGAACAUUCACUGCCUUAAAGACGUGCUGCCAUGGAGGCCAGGCUUUGUAUCAGUAACACACUGCUGCAGGAGAAGUUUAUUGUGAAUGAGGCUAUUCUGUACGUAUACAAGCGGGUAAAUCCCAGGUGUGUUAACAGAGUCUGUCAGUGUCCUUUCUGCUUGUGCAGGCUUAAAAUAUUGUAAAUGAAGGCAGCAUUUAUUUGCUCCAUUUGUUAAUGAUGACCAUGUCCAGUUGAACUAGACCAUCACUUUCAGUAUAUCGUUUAUGAAUUAAUUCAGUGGAUGUUCCAGAGUUGUAUGAAAAGCUCUUGUGCUGCCUAUUAUCAUCUCAUUUUAUCUAUAUAUGGUUUACGCUAUUAUUUUUGAUAUGUUGAUGCCAACCAAGUGUUCUAGUAAUUGUCAGUGCAUGGCAAUCAAAUUGAAGACAAAGGUGUGUACAGUGGUUGUAACUGUUUUAGGAAAUAAAGUCACUGCACAUGCAACU